GCUCGUGUUACAUCUUGCCUGGUAACACGUUCACGGGACAGUUGGUCUGAGCCCAAGUUCACCAUAUCGAUAACCUUAUUAACCCAAGAUAAAAAUUGCGGAAAGUCAAUGAAAUGUCAGUUGAAGGUUUCGUCAGAGGAAAAGAUGAGAAUCCUGCUUCCCAACUGGAAGGAUGUGAGACCAAACCCCCAGUGAUGCAUCAGGAGGCUGAGAGACAGUCACAGGAGAUUCCUGCUAAUAAGUUCUACGAAUACGAGAAGCUUCACUCGAGGCCGUUUGUCUCACCUGAGUCUGAGAUCCCAGAAGACCUGCUGCACCUCUAUUACUCAUUCGGCUACGACACCAGACGCAGAGCUAACCUGCAGCUGCUGGAUGACAGAACUCUGAUCGUCAUCGCAGGAAACAUCCUCAUCCUGUUGGACAUUCUCACCAAGGAGCAGCGAUUCCUGCGCUCCUGCAGCGGAGGAGGAAUCGGAGCCGCCGCGGUUUGUCCCAGCAUGGAGUAUUUUGCUGUGGCAGAAAAGGGAAACAACCCCCACAUCAUCGUUUACGAGUAUCCCUCUCUACGACCGUACCGCAUCCUGAGAGGAGGCACAGAGCGCGAGUACAGCUAUGUGAACUUUAACCAUGACGGGAGCCUGCUGGUCAGCAUCAGCCUCGACCUCAGCUACACGCUCACCCUGUGGAACUGGAGACAGGAGGAGUUGAUGCAAAGCUGCCCGGCCGCCUCACAGGAAGUCUACAGAGUCAGCUUCUCCCCGUACCACCCGAACUGGUUCACAUCAUCCGGAGCUGGACACAUCCGGUUCUGGAGAAUGAGAUCUAAGGUCAAUGGUCUCAAACUACAAGGGAUCGUGGGGCAGUCUGGAAAAUACGGCACAACUGAUGUUAAAGGCUUCAUUGAGCUUCCUGAUGGGCGGGUGGUGUCAGGCACUGAGUGGGGCAACUUGCUGCUUUGGAGCAGAAACACCGUCCAGGUGGAGAUUUGUCGUAGAAAUGGCAGAAACUGCCACUCUGGGACCGUCCUUCCGUUCGCUCUGGAAGAGGGAAAUCUGAUGACAGUCGGUGCCGAUGGAUUUGUUCGGGUGUGGGACGUGAAGAUGAUUGUCUCGGCCACCGGUGAAGAUCCCAAUAGGAGGUUUAAACUGGAGCCCAGUAAGGAGAUGAUGGUUGAAAACAACACUUGUCUUUUGUCGGUGGUCCGGAGCUCCUCGUCUAACUCCUCCAUCUGGUUGGCUCAGGAUUCUAAUGGAGUGAUCUGGAAACUGGAUCUGUCAUUCAGCAACACUGCUUCUAAACCAGAGUGCCUGUUCUCCUUCCACUCCGAGUUGAUCAAAGGCCUGGACGUGUCAAAGCGCUCCCACCUGAUGGUCACCACCUCUCUGGACUGUUCUGUCAGAGUCUUUGACUUCCUGUCAAAAAGUGAACUGGCACUGAUCCGAUUUAAUCAGGGUGGAACGGCUCUCAGCUGGGCUCCAUCUUCCGUAAGCCAGAGUCAAGAUUUACUGGUGACAGGUUUUGAGGAUGGGGUGAUCCGUUUACUGGAGCUAUUCAACCAUGAGAGGCUGAAAACGGCCGAGCUACGCCUCCAGCAGGCCUUCAAACCUCACAGCGCCCCCGUGACUGCGGUGGCUUUUAAAGGAAAUGGAGAGAUCCUAGCCACAGGGAGUUCAGACUGCACUGUGUUUUUCUUCCUGGUUGGGCGGAAGUACUGCCCCAUGGGAUUCGUCCGCGUUCCUGGUCCUGUUCAGGCGCUGGAGUGGUCUGCUCACUCCCAUAGCGAGAACCGGCUGCUGGUCUUGUGUCAGAGCGGUCAUGUCAUCGAGCUUCAGAGUCCUGAUCCAAACGCUGAGGUGCCAACCCAAACCUUCCUGCUGUCGGACCUGCCCUGGAGAUCCUUUAGGUUUAAGAGCAUCAAAUCUCAAAUCAAGAGAGAGCAGGAACUCGCCAGACGUCAGGCAGUGAAGGAGGAGAAAGAGGAGGAGGAGGAACACCCUCCCCUCUUCAUCCCAGAUCCUCCUAGUCCCCUCUGCUGUGGUUUCUACUCACGGCCCGGACAGUUCUGGCUCUCCAUGGGAGGCUUCGACGCAGGGUUCUUGUAUCACUGUGAGUUCUCUGAGAAUCAGGAAGAAGAUCCGAACCAGCGACAGGACAAGCCUUUUGACUUUGUGCCCAUCACCGACGCAGACGACGACCCUGUUUGCUCCAUCACUUUCAGCUCCAACAGGAAGCUGCUCCUCUGUGGAAUGAGCUCAGGCUCCAUCAGAAUUUACCCUCUGCAGCCCGGAGACCACGACCUCUCCUCCAUGCGGGCCUUCUGGGCUCUAAGCGUUCACGACAACCAGUAUGGGCGUCUGCAACACGUUCGCUUCAGCUAUGAUGACCUGUUUGUUCUCACGGCUGGAGACGAUGGAAACAUCUUCUCCUUCUGCCUGGUUCCUGCUGAGGAGGUUCAGGAACACCUGCAAACAACAGAGGUCAAACUUCCCUCUCCCCGGGUUGGUCUGGAGCCUCUGGUGUCAGCUGCAGACAUCACAGACCCAGCAGCCGACAGCAUCGAGACCGCCAGACAGAAGCUGAUGAAGAAAAACCUUCAUCAUGAAACUGAGCAGAAGCACUCAAGAAUGCAGAAGCAGCUUGAGGAGCUCCAGAUGAAGUUCCAAGAGAUUCUGUUGGAAAACCAAAAGCUGCCAGAGCACGUCCGUCUGACACCUGAGGAGCUGCGGGUCGACUCGAUUCAUCAGCAGCUGGAGAAGCUGAAGGAGCAGAAGACGAUGGAGGUCCGGAAGCAGCUGGCCUGGGAGCAGGAAUGUCGCAGCAUCGCUCUGAGGAAGAUCCAGACAUGGUUUGCAGACUUUGUGGGGGGAGAUGUUGUGACUCUUUAUGCGAUUGGCAGCAGCCGCUGUGUUUCUACGUACCGUCUGCCGUCGCUCUCAGAGGCUUCACCCCAGGUCUCAGCUGAGAGCGGAUCUGACCUUCCUGAUGGAGGAACUGAAGCUACACACAAUCUCCACCAAUCCCCAGCAGAAGCUGAGGAAGACUGCCCCCGAACAGCGGUCAGUGACUCCUCUGAGCCUGCACCAGGGCCUUCAGCCUCCCUUCCAUCCAAGAAGGAGAAGUCGCUCCAUAAAGCCAGGCUUCAGCUGGGAGCUCGUCCGAAAGAGAACCGUCAAAAGGCUGCAGAAAGGGCAAAAGUGGCUCAAGCUAAAUUUGCAGCAAGGAGGCAGGAAUGGGCCCAAAUUUAUGCAGAGAAGCCGGGCAAGAACUACGAGGAUUCAGAACUGGUCCAGGGCAUCCUUCAGGCCAGAGAGACUAUCGAUGGAGUGAAAACCUCAGUGAUGACCCUGAAGGAGAAGGAGGAAGAGCUGAUUUCCUUAGAAGUCAAAAUCCGCACAAAGCAAACUGAGAUGAACAGAAAGAUUGUAGCUUUGAGGGAUUCCAAGGUUCAGCUGGUGUCUCGGUUUGAUGCUCAGAUCCAGCAGCUGCAGAAAAUCCAGCAGCAUCUACCACCUCAACUCCGCCUCCCGCUACCUACCCCUCCCACCCUGUUACCUGCGGAAACCCCAGAGAGGAAACUGCAGUGCAGCCGCAUCGCUGUGGAGAAAUACAUGAAACUGAGGGAGCAAAGGCUGAUGGGUGCACAGCAGCAGGGCGGGGCUGUGAGUAUGCUGGAGCUCCUGGAGAAAGAAAUGGAGGCUGAAGAACAGAAAGGAAAACAAAAGGAUGAAGGAGCAGAAACCUCAACCGUGUCGUCUUCAGCUGUAACGGGGCAAAGCAAAAGGACAAAGGGGCAGGAGGUGGGUGACGAGAUGGAGAAGGAACUGCAGAAGGAGGAGGAGAUCCGACUGUGUCAUGAACAGAGCUGUCUGGUGGAGCAGCUGGAAAACUCUUCUGUGACUCAGUUUGAUGCUGAGCUCCAUCAACUGUAUGAACAAAAACUACAUCUGGACAUUCAGCUGAAGCUGAUGGAAAUGCAGAUGCUGAAGCUCCAGCAGGAGGUGCUGGUGCUCAAACGCUUUGAGACGAGGGAGGAGAAGCUGCAGGAGAAGCUGUCCAAGUGCCUCCAGGAGGAGAACCAAGUUCUGCUGAAGCUGGAGGAGUGCAACCAGCAGCUGGAGCUGAAGGGAGCAGAGAUGAUUGAUCUGAAGAAGAGAGUGAGAGCUCUGACUGACGCCUUUCAGGCCUCACUGGGAGAAAACUGCCCUUUUGAAGAGUUUCUUACCAAAGUCUUCACACAGAAAAUCAAACGAGUGCAGAUGGAAAAAUCACCUCUACAUGAAGAAACCGAAGACGGUGAAGAAGACUCAGAUGAUGACUUGGACAGUGAUGAUUACAGCAGCAAGAAGAAACGAGAAGCUUCUCUGAAUGUUCGCCCUAAAGGCUGCAAGCCGGAGCUGUUAAAAAGCACUCUGCAGCUCCGUCACGAUCGAGUGGAGCUGGAGGAGCUGCAGGUGAAGGAGAGGAAGGUGGUUGAGGCUCUGAAGAAGGACAUCACCUCACUCCAGGAGAAGGAGAAGCUAGUGAAGAGCCAGCGGCGGGCGGUAGAAGCUGACAUCGAGUUAAUGAACCAGGAGAAACAACAGGAAAUGAAUGAAGUGGAAGUGAUAAUUCCCCUCAAACUCAACCAGAUUCAGUUGGCCUGCAAGGGCCCGGUGCCGUCAGAUCUGAGUGAAUUCCUGGCAUUGGACAAGAUGGAGCUGUUUAGGAUGGAUGAGCAAAUCCAACAGCUACAAGCAGAUAAUAAGAAGCUGAAUGACCAGUUCCAUCGAGAUCUGAAAAAGCGUGACAGACUCCUUCGGGAUAAGAAAGUAAAGUCCAUAAAGGUUAACGACCUAGAGAAUCAGUGCGAUGAAUUGAUGAUGAGAAGGUUUGGGAGGAAAGUGGAUCUAGAGGCUCUGCUGACGAUGCCGGACAGCACCAGGUUGGAGGAACUGGAGCAGGAAAAGAAGCGCCUCCUUGCAGCUCAUGCUGACAAGAUGAAACACUUGGAGACACAGGUAGAUGAGGCGCAGAUGGUUUUGAUGAAGGAGACGAGGAGAAACACCAACCUUCUGCACACCACGAUCGACCUGAUGGAGCAGAUUAAAGAUGUGAAGGCUAAAAUCAGCUCCAGCAAGAAGAAAAAGGACAAACAGCCGUACCAGGACCACAGGAGGCGUCAGAACCAAAAGAGGAUCCAGGAGCUCCAGGAGCUGGUAAAGAAACAACGGCAGCAGGCGGACGCUCUGAAGCAGGAGAUCUGCCUCCUGUCUUCUGCAGGAGGUCCGGUCUUACCCCCCCUUCAGAAGACACCUAACUCACCCAUACCUCCUGCCCACGCCAUAAGGAAAAAUAAAUAAGAGGGGGGGGGGGGGGGGUACAUUUAUGAAUGCCCUGAAGCAACAUGACAACAUUUCGUAAAUGAUGCUUUAAUGAAGUCGACACUAAAACAACACAGGACUGAAACACCAAAACAGUAGAUAAAACAAUACUGUUUUUGUUAAUUUUGUUUCCAGUUUGGGGCGUUUGUGUUUUUGCACCAUCUGUGGAGUUUUUCAGCCUGAAAAAAAGGUUUCAUUUUGUUUCAAUUAGAGGUUAUCCUUUAACCAAGCCCAGGCAUUUUGGUUUCUUUUGGCUUCAUCUUCAAUUUUUUUCUUUGUGAUUUGCACCUUACAACAGCAGAAUAAAUGAAUUCA